GUUAACUGAACACAUCAAUCUAGAGGUAGCUUAAGCAUUUAAUACAUAGAUAUCUAAGAUGAGGAGAGAAGGGUUUUUGUGCAUCUCUGUUUUAGGAGUUGCAUUGAUGAUGAUGAUGAGCUUGGAUAUGGUGGGUGUUAAAGUGGAGGCGGCCACGGGGCUGCUGCCGCCAGCAAAACCACCGUUGAUAAGGCAGUACUAUAAGAAACUGAAUACUUGUGCAAAUGUGGAGUCAUUUGUGCAGUUCCAAGUGAAGAAAUACUGGGAUAAUAAUAGAGCUCUCACUCCCAAGCUCGUCAAGCUCCUCUACACAGAUUGCAUGGUUAAUGGGUGUGAUGCAUCCAUUCUCUUGGAUGGCCCCCAGUCGGAGAAAACUGCACCACAAAAUUCAGGGGUUGGUCCGGGAGUAUAUCUGGUCAUCGACGUAAUCAAGAGGGUCCUGGAGGCCCGGUGUCCUGGAGCUGUUUCAUGCGCAGAUAUCAUCCAUCUUGCCACUAGAGAUGCUCUGAAAUUGUCAGGGGCACCGUCUUACCCUGUUCUCCUGGGAAGACGAGAUGGAUUCGAAUCAAAUGCAGCUUCAGUAAAGCUUCCCUCGCCCUCCAUUUCCUGGCAAUCGGCUCUUGCAUUUUUUCAAUCCAAGGGUCUAGACGUUCAAGACAUGACUACUCUUUUAGGAGGACACACAAUGGGCAGAACACACUGCUCCUACAUUCUUGAUCGUCUCUACAACUUCAACAACACAGGUAAACCGGAUCCAACAAUGAAUAAAUCUCUACUAGAAAGCUUACGACAGACAUGCCCGUUGAACAAUACAAAGAGACCGAGCCAGCAAGUCGCCUUUCUUAAUCCAGAUAACGGCAAAGACUACAACUUCACCAACUCUUACUACAAAAGAGUGCUGGCAAAUAAAUCUGUCCUUGGAGUUGAUCAGCAGCUACUCUACGGAACAGACACGAAAGAAUUGACAGAUGAAUUCGCGACUUACUUUGAGGAAUUCCGCAGGAGUUUUGCUUUAUCAAUGACUCGAAUGGGAGGCAUUCAAGUGCUGACAGGAAACAAGGGCGAAAUUCGCAAAAACUGCAGAGUCAGAAACAAAUCAUAGUGGCCUGUUUUCCCAUUCAUUACAGUUAUUCAUAAGCUAAUAACUUGAAAAUUGCUUCAUGUAUCGUAAAUUUGAUGCCAAAUGAGGAACUAAUAAUAUGACAUCAAACAAACUUAAUCAUGCA